CUACGUGACGUCAUUCAAGAUGGCUUCCGGCCGGCGGAGUAUGAGUUGUGUUUAUUUUCAGCGGACAGCUUGCAAGCUGUUCGACUCUUGGACAUUUCGCUUUUAUGUGAAACUAACGUUUCUGGCCUUCGAUUGAAACAGGCCAUCGAGAAUUUCUCGCGUCGAUCAACAUCGCUUCGAAUCUUCGUUGCCCUGGUACGAAUAAUAAUGUUGAUCAAAGAAUACAGAAUUCCUCUGCCGAUGAGCGUGGAAGAGUAUAGGAUAGCUCAGUUGUAUAUGAUCCAGAAAAAGAGUCGGCUGGAUAGUGUUGGUGAAGGCAGCGGAGUGGAGAUUCUUGAAAAUACUCCUUACACAAAUGGCCCUGGAGGAAAUGGACAAUACACAAAAAAAAUCUAUCACAUUGGAAACCAUUUGCCCAGCUGGCUGAAAGCAAUUCUGCCAAAGGCAGCUUUAAGAGUUGAAGAAGAGGCAUGGAAUGCCUAUCCAUAUACCAAGAUGAGGACAACAUGUCCCUUUGUAGAGAAGUUUUUUGUCGAUGUAGAAACAUAUUAUUACCCUGAUGCUGGACAGCAGGAAAAUGUAUUUAAUUUAUCACCAGUGGACUUACAGGGAAGGGAAGUAGAUAUAAUUGAUCCAAUUAAGGAUCAAGUGUCCUCCUCAGACUACUCUGAAGAAGAGGAUCCUUUGUUGUAUCAAUCUACCAAAACAGGGCGGGGCCCUAUGAAGGAGAACUGGCUGGAGCAGUACAGAGUUGACAAGCCUCCAUCUGAUGUGAUGUGUGCAUACAAGCUAAUAAAGGUUGAGUUUAGAUACUGGGGAAUGCAGAAUAAAAUCGAACAUUUUAUUCACUCGAGUCUGCGUCGCCCGAUGCUAAUGGGGCACAGACAAGCUUGGGUGUGGCAAGACGAGUGGUUUGGACUGACAAUCGAGGAUAUAAGAAAGUUAGAAGAAGAAACACAAAGGGUGUUAGCCAUAAAAAUGUGUAGAUUGUCCGAUCAUGGUAUAUCUAACACUGCUUCUGAUAGAGACAGCGACCAGGAGGUGGGCUUUGCAAACGACAAAGGCCGAGGCAGUGUUGUUUAUGUCCAAGAAAGCAAUAGUGCCUCCAGGUUAGAACUAAUUUCUAAAGCUUCGCUCGACGAAAACGAGAGCACUAUCUCUCCUUCACCCGUCGCAAUCACAGUGGAAAAAUUCGGAUUUGAUAACGAAGAUAACGCAAGGAACUCGAACGGUGUGGAAUGCAAUGGCUUAGCUCAGACAGACCUAAUGAGUUCUAACGCUGAGAAACGAUUGUCACGUACAGAUAUGUUAAAAGGUUGGCAUAUGAGUACAAUUGAAGCCAAUGAUUCGGAUUCAGCAGAUGAUGAAUUUUUCGACGCUCAAGAGGAAUUUGAGGAGCAUGCUUUUAGCUCGAAUCUGCUGACCAUACGUAACGUGGAACUGGGUAACAGUUUCAAGAGUUUGGAGUUGGACACAGAUUCUUCUCGGGGCAGUAGAGAGUCGUUAGACUCACUGGCAUCUGAACAGAGCGCAGAUAAGUCACCUCGGCUCUUCAGAAAAGAAAAACUUUGCAAGAAAGUUAGUGAUACUUCGACAUGCUCGUUACCAGCCUCUCGCAUCACAAAUCUCAUUCUGGUCAUUAACGGCGGCACGCAAAUAGACACUGGACUGGAGCCUUCGUCGCGUGAAAUGGACUUUAAACUACUCCAGGAUGCAUUUGAGGCUGUGAUAAACUCACACUACAGAGGAGCGGAAGGAAGGAUCGCACUGAGACUCGUGGAGUGCCCUGCCAUUUGCUCCAAGGCUCUUAAUCUGUUGUCUCAGCUGUGUCCCUAUUCAGAAGGUGACUCGGAUGUGGCAAGUGUAAACAGUGGCUUCACCCCAGUCUCCAGUAAUUUUCCUCUCAGUGCGAUAUCGCUGAUGGUUUCGUCGUCCCCUUUUUAUGACGAGUCAGUGAACUCCAUGGUAGCUGCCACAAACAUGGUGUACAGAGAGUUCUUGAAGUCGGACGAGGGCCAAGGCUUUCGUGGAGAGGUUUGCCUCCUCGGCGACUGUAUAGGAGCCCUUCUCGCUUACGAUGCCCUAACCUCUGGUGUCAACACCACGCAUAGCCGCACUCAGAGUUUCAUCACAAACACGUCGACACUUUCCCCGAAAGCUGCGUCAUUCGCUGCAAGGCAAAAUGCAGACUCAAACGGCGGUGUGAUGAGGAAACCUCGGCGGAUCAGUAGUCACACUCCUCCCUGCAAGAGCAGUCUGGAGAAUUCUCACAACCUUAGGCUGAGCCUGAGCAGCGGAAACAUUCGAGAAAAUGUUGACCCCGAGACAGACGAGAUGAUUACUGCUCCGCCAGUGGAUGAGAUGGAAGACAACGUUAUAAUCUCACCUAGCCUUCUCAGCAGGGCGGCCAGACAGCAUACGUUUAGCUUCGACACUAUGUCCUUGUCGGUAGAGUCAGUGGACAACGUGAUGUUCGAUUUUGAAGUUAGCAAAUUUUUUGCGUUUGGUUCGCCCAUUGGACUUGUGUUAGCAUAUCGAAGGUUCUUGAAUGGGGAAGACAGAGGAGGUCUUGCUCUUCCGCCCAAACCUGCUUGUAACCAGGUUUACAACCUGUUUCAUCCGUUUGACCCAUCAGCAUCCCGAAUCGAGCCUUUGAUCGUGAGUCAGUUUUCCCAAAUUCCGGCCGUCAAAGUACCUCGUUAUCACCGAUUCCCACUGGGUGAUGGCCAAUCACACGUACUCAGCAACGUCAUCGGUGCUUACCCAGAGUUGUUUGUUCCCCAACCGCCUUUAACCCCUAGUUCCCGGUCCUUUACAGGCAUGGUUCAACGAGAGAGCAACUUGAGCACGAUAAGUCUGGUGUCUAGUGACAGUUCUGGAGGGGCAGAUCUGGAUAUGGCUGUUCAAAACUGGUGGGGGAUCAAGCGCGUGGACUACGCGCUGUAUUGUCCCGAGGGACUUCAACAGUUUCCCACAGCUGUACUCUCGCCUCUUUUCCAUGUCAGUUAUUGGGAGUCUAAUGACGUGGCUGCGUUCGUCGUCAGACAGAUUCUUCAUGGGGAAUGGGACAUUUCAAGUGCGUCUUCUCCCAGCAGAAAGUGUCAGACGUUUUGUCCCUCCCAACCCAGAGAGAAGUGGUUGAAACGGAGAACUGCCAUAAAAAUCAAGAACCUGAACGCCAACCAUAGAGCCAAUGAUUUGGUAACCCUUGAAGGUCUUGACCAGGUUCUCACGGCCAGGUUCAUGUAUGGACCUCUAGAUAUGGUAUCUCUGAGCGGUGAGAAGGUCGAUAUUUAUGUAAUGACCGAACCUCCCUCGGGAGAGUAUGUUUUAUUCGACACCGUGAUUACCGGAAGCGGAGGAAGGCUAUCGUGUACUAUUCUUGAAGAGAAGAAACUUCCGGUUGGCAUUUACCCAGUAAAGUUGGUCGUCAGAGGUGAUCAUACCUGGGUAGACAGUAACGUGGCCGUUUUGCCGCCUAAGACUGAGGCUGUGGUUUUCAGUAUCGACGGCUCGUUUGCGGCCAGCGUCUCCAUUCGUGGUAAAGACCCAAAGGUCCGCGCAGGCGCCGUGGAUGUCGUUAGACACUGGCAGGAGUUAGGAUUCCUAAUCGUUUACGUCACAAGUCGGCCUGAUUUUCAGAAAAUUAAAGUCAUGUCUUGGUUGGCGGAGCACAAUUUUCCGUAUGGUCUGGUUUCUUUUGGGGAUGGAAUCUCAAAAGACCUUCAGAAACAUAAAACUGAGUUUCUUCGAUACCUUGUUAAUGAUUGUCAAGUACAGAUUCACGCUGCGUACGGAUCAGUAAAAGACAUAUCGGUGUAUUCGUCAAUUGGAGUCCAACCACAUCAGAUAUACACAGUGGGAAAAUACCAUCCAAGGAAAUACUCCAAACAAACUCAGUUCCUAAAAGACGGUUACGCGGCUCAUUUGACUGCGCUCACUACACAAACUAUUUCAAGGCCUGCAGUGGGAAAUUCUCGUUUGAUCCUGAGGCGCGGUUGUUUUGGCCUUCCCUCGCGUGUGUCUAAGACAAGACACAGGCUAAAACGGUCAAUUUCAGACAAACCUUCGUUUGAAUCUGAUAAGGAUUGCUCGACAAUAUCAGGAUCGUUCAAUUACUCUUCCUUUAGACAGACUAAGGGGCGGUCGGUGAGUAAGUUUAAUGAACAGUAGUCGAGGAAAAUCACUCUUAAAGUCAGUAACUUGUAGAGGAUUGCAUUUAAGAGAGGAAUUGUACAUAUUUACAGAGAUCAUUUUCAUUUGUGUGCGCGGUUUUGCGAAGAUCUCAGGGCUUCUCCUCAAGUGUCUCACGUCUGAGACACGUGUUUUACAUACCACGUGACUUACGUUUCAGCCAGAUCUCUCGAAAAAAGGGUGUUCGUUUGAACAUGUUCGGCUUCCUUUUUCUAGUGAGUUGAACCGAUGCCUCAAAGUCCGUGGUUCGAGUCCCAGGCCACCCUUGUAAGUAGCGAACUAGUUUUGCCAUCUCGAAUGGGAGACUGGCAACCAUUGUUAUGCUUACAUAACACGGCUUUUGUGGCACUUACUUUCUUGGCCAGACUGGCAUUGAGCUUCUGAAAUUGUUUUGAGAUUUCACGCUUUCUCCUGUCUAUAUCGUAAACUUUGGGUUAUUUAGAUAAAACUGUGUGUAAGUAAACAUUUCUGCGCUGUUGAGAAAGUGUAGUGAAACCCUCUAUUCAUGGGACGCUAACUCAGAUUUUUAAAAAAACAGUUUUAUUUAGGAUUUUCAUUGAACAAAGGCACAUAUUUUCAGGGGCGUUUCCCUUCGUGUGUUUUGUGUUAGUGUAUGCUGUUUCACCCUGUGUUUAACAGUCAACCUGUAAGAGAUGUCGGCGAUUUAGAAUAGCAAAGUUGUAACCACGAAAUAAUUAUUGAUUAACAAAGAAUGAAAGAGUAACCAAUGAAUAUUAUGUUAUGUUAUUUAGCUGUCAAUUAUCUGGCUGGUCCAUACAUAGACAUGUAUUUUUACUUAUAGUGUAAUAUUAUUGCAGAACAUAUGCCGUUAUUAUAGUUUAUCUAUGUCCAGACUUGACUGUCUUGUAAUAAGGAAGAAAUUUAACUUAAUCGAAUAGCGUCGAACAUUCGUCGUCCAUUUUCUUCUUUUUUUUUUUUGUUCUAAGUGUGAAUUUAUAAAUCCAGGUACAUUAAGAUAUCUUGCAAGUGAGAAUUUGUCAUAGAUGUUUCUUGAAAUUUUAACUUGGACAUAAUUUCUAAGCAAUCGAAACAAAAAUCUUGAUGAUCUGAAAAAAUAAUCGUUAAACACUAGUGCGUAAUCAUUUUCAUUUGUUAAGAAAUAGAGCUGGCCUUUUUCAGUUGUCAAUGUCUUAAAAAAAAGAGCACAUUGUGACAUACAAGAAAAUGAUAUUGUAAAUAAUUAAUGUAUUUAUUAUAUUAAGUUCUAAGAGUAUAUAUUGAAAAGUAUUUACGUUAUGAUUUUUUAAUGAUUCCAGACUUGCUUUGAUCAGCAGGUUGAGAGUGUCAUGCCAAAUAAUUUUAGCCGAACAAAAAUUGUAUUGUUUUCCUUUUUCGUUUGAAUGCAGCAAUCAGAUUAUAUCUCCGAUCAUGUGUCGGUCAGAACUCCCUUUAACUGGUUUCUGUCACGUGCUAGCUGAAAUAUUAAGUUUUUGGGUCACUUAUAAAGCGCAUUUCGAUUGAGUGUCGUAUAAUCAAAACCAGAGUAAUGACAGCUGUCAAUCAAAGGAAGGAAAGUAUCGUUAAGAGGGAAUGAGAACGCGAAGUAAAGAAGAGCAAACUGCCUGAAGCGCGGGAAAACGCAAGUGACCAAGUCGCGAUUUGUUUUAGUUUUGAUCUGAUUGGUUGAGAGAGCAGCACGAGUUUCCUGAACUAAUCACAAAACGAACUAAACAAAAGCAAAGAAAUCAAUCCCGGAAUACUGUCGGUACUAAAUUAAAACUUGCCCUGUUAUGUUAGAAGAACUUUUGUGCACUGUAACAAUUUGCAGUGAUAGCAAGUAGUGUAGUUGAAAAAUUACAUUGCAGGCUCAAUUGUUCGUUUGAGGUGAAAGAAAUCGAAUUUCUCGAAGAAAAUCACAGGACUCCUAAGCCAUGUAAAUGCUUCUAUUGUGAAUUAAUCAGUAGUUUGUGGUUUGACUCCUAUGCGCCAUAAGAUGUGUUGCUGUAUUUCAAAAAGUUGAUCUUUAUUUAUUUGUAUAAUGUGUUAAAUAUUGUGUGAAUAUUGUGAAGACAGUAUUAAUUUAUUAUAGUGUUGUAAUAUAACGAAUCUAUGUGACGAUUAGGAACGUAGUGAAGAGACACACCCUAGGUUAUCAGAGAGAGUACCCCCGGUUAUGCCUGCAGGAGAAGUUCAUAUAUUCCUCCAUGUUUCGUUCCUUUCACUCCCACGAUUUUUCACUCCCCAGAUUUAAGUAUCAAUUCUCCCUACUGUCCUCCAUAUAUCUUUUUAAUUCAACCUUUGAGAAUUUGGCUUUAGUCUAACUUUAUCCCUUAAGUGAAAUAUAAGUCUGCUUUCCAUCACUUUCCUGUAUAAUGAUGUUUUGAUGUUUUAAGGAAGAACGACUCAUCACUUACUCGUGGGAGUGAAGGGUUAAAUUGGAAAACAGGGUACCCAGGUAGUGAACUAGUGUUAAACUGUACAAGGUGAAAGGAAUGACCAUGAUAUAAAUAAUAACAACUAGAAACAUGUACAGUGAAGUUGUAAAUGAUAUUAAACAGUCAUUUCUGAGUUAAAA